GACACCCUCCUCCCUUACUCCCUCCCCUUCCCUCGCAAGUUUCAUUUCGCAUUCUUCCCUUCCCUCCCUCCCUCCGGAUUGCAUUGUGUGAUUGCAUCAACAUGGCGGUCGCUUCCAUCUCCGCUGCGAAUGUCGCCGUGUCUGCGUCUCUCUCGGUCGGCGCCAGCGUUGGUCAAGCUGACCAGAGGCGAUGCAGCUCCUCUCUCAAGACGCUUCCGCUCUCAGCCGGACAGGUAUCUGGUAUUAAAGUUUCCGGUUCUCUCAGCUGCAAGAAUGAACUCCGUGGCAUUAUCUCCGCUGAGAGGAGCGUCUCCGCUCGACAGGGAGGAGUGUUCAAGAUCAUGGCCUUGGCACAGAAGGCAGAGUACAUCUGGAUGGAUGGACAGGAGGGUCAGAAAGGGAUCCGCUUUAACGAAAUGCGAUCCAAGACCAAGGUGAUCCAGGAGCCCAUCAAGGCCGGAUCUUUGGACUUCCCCAAGUGGUCUUUCGAUGGUUCUAGCACUGGGCAAGCAGAAGGGCGAUUCUCCGACUGCAUUCUGAACCCCGUGUUCAGCUGCCCCGACCCCAUCCGCGGGGACAACCACGUGCUGGUUCUGUGCGAGGUGUUGAACCCCGACAGCACACCCCAUGAAACCAACACCCGGCGCAAGAUCGAGGAACUAUUGACCCCGGAUGUGCUGGCAGAGGAGACACUGUUCGGAUUUGAGCAGGAGUACACCAUGUUCAACAAGGCCGCGAAGGUGUACGGGUGGCCAGAGGGAGGUUUCCCACACCCACAAGGGCCCUUUUACUGUGGAGUGGGUCUUGAGGCGGUUUACGGGCGACCUCUGGUGGAGGCGCACAUGGAUGCGUGCAUCAAGGCCGGGCUGAAGAUCAGUGGUAUUAAUGCCGAGGUGAUGCCGGGACAGUGGGAGUUCCAGAUCGGCCCCGCUGGACCUCUGGAGGUGGGUGACCACGUCAUGGUCGCGCGUUGGCUGCUUCACCGCUUGGGUGAGGACUUUGGCAUUACUUGCACUUUCGAGCCCAAGCCCAUGGAAGGAGACUGGAACGGUGCUGGAGCUCACACCAACUACUCGACGAAGUCGAUGAGGGUGGACGGCGGUAUCAAGGCCAUCCACGCGGCCAUUGAGAAGCUGUCCAAGAAGCACGCGGAGCACAUCUCCUCAUACGGGUUGGGCAAUGAGCGUCGUCUGACAGGCAAGCACGAGACCGCCAACAUCAACACAUUCAAGUCGGGAGUUGCGGACAGAGGUGCGUCGAUCCGUAUUCCGCUUGGAGUGUCCCUGGAGGGCAAAGGUUACUUGGAAGACCGUAGGCCAGCGGCGAACGUGGACCCUUACGUAGUGGCCCGCAUGCUUAUCCAAACGACUUUGAAGAACUAGGUAUGUAGAUAGGUUUGGGGCGACAGUUGAGCAGCAGGGAUCAGUUUUCACACCUUUGCGAGGGUUUAGAGUAGGAGGCUCGCAUUUGGUGUGGACCUUAGUGAAAUGGUGCAGCACAGAUGUGGACGAGUAAUGGGGCAGGUUCUAUUGCAAGUGCCCUGGAGACAUGUACUUGAACUACGUCUCCUGUCAGGACAUGAUCCAUCUCAGAAUGCAACUGUGUAUUGUAUGUUUGUUUCUGCA